AUCUAGGAAAAAUAGUUAGGCUAUCUUCUCAGAUGGCGCGGAUAGGUUUGUCCACAGCACUAUAGAAAAAAAUAGAAACAUUUCUAGCAGUAUUCAUGACUUUUCUCUAAUAAUUAUUCAAACAGCGUCCACAUAUUUUCAUUAAAAAGAUUAAAAGCAUUUUCCCCUCGAGUUUUGGGGCAUUAAAUGGAGGAGAAGAAGGAAGACGGAGACUCGGAGAUACAGGAACACGGACCCGAGCACUGGUUCUCAAAAUGGGAGCGGCAGUGUUUGGCCGAAGCGGAGCAGAGAGAGCUGAGCGAGGAAGAGGCCGACAAUGAUCAGGACAAACUGUGGCAUCUCUUCCAGAACUCCGCCACUGCAGUGGCACAAUUAUACAAAGAUAGGGUAUGCCAUCAGCAGGGUCUGUCCUUAUGGGUGCCAUUUCAGAAUGCUGCUACAGCAGUCACUAACCUUUACAAAGAGAGUGCAGAGGCCCAUCAGAGAAGUUUUGAGCGAGGUGUCCAGAUAGGCCACCAGCGGCGUAAUAAGGACAUGUUGGCCUGGGUGAAAAAACGCAGGAGAACCAUCCGCAGGGAGGACCUCAUCAGCUUCCUUUGUGGUAAAGCACCACCACACAGAAGCAGCAGGACCAGCUCCCGCCUGGCCAUGGUGGCCCCCAGCCGGGCGAACUCGCCAGCCGAGACUGGCUCAUCUGUGGAAGCAGACCUCCAACCCUUCAGGGAGGCCAUAGCACUGCAUGGUCUGAGUGGGGCCAUGGCUAGUAUCAGUGUGCGUUCUGGGGCUCCAGGUUCUCCGACACACGUAAGCGGGAGCAGCAGUAACGCCGGCGGCGGCGGCGGCGGCAGUGGAGGCGGCUCCUCGGGCUCCGGGCCGGUGUGCCGCAGCAGGCGCAACGGGCUCCAGGAUGUGGACCUGAACACUUUUAUCUCAGAGGAGAUGGCACUGCACCUGGACUCCACAGGCUCCGGCUCCACGGCGGGGGCCAGGAAACGGAACUCCACCCAGUGCAGUGACGUCAUCACAGACUCCCCGACGCACAAACGCAACAGGAUGAUCUGACCGGCCCAUGUGUGAGGGGUGGGGUGGCGGGGGGGCGGGGUGACCUUCAAUGCCAAGUCCAAGACUUGAAAGGCUGACGGAAAGGCUGAUGUGGUACAGAUGUGCCGACAGGCAUCCGGAUGCAUGGGCUGAAAACGAGGGCUUGAAGGCUCUCGGCCGUGUCGCUCUGCCCAGUGAAUUCUGUUCCUUGUCUCCUUUCCCAACACUUAAGUACAAAUCACUCAACCACAAUCAGAACGAUGUGUGCAUAUGCGUGAGUGUGUGACUGGGAAGUUUGGACAAAAAUCACACAUUCCUCGUGCCGUGCUCACCCCGGAAAGGAGACAAUGAAGAAAUGAAGUGAUUCUAGGCUACCGGCAGUUCUCAACGAGUGAAGCGGGCCGCGCUGCCCGACAAGCAAAAGCCACUUGAUUUUUUUUUCUUCUUUUUUUUCCCCCCCACACGCUUGUGCCCUUCUCCCUCCCAAAGCUCACUCCUCCUCACCCACCACCUUAAUAAGGAAGUGAGGGCCAUGAUCAAAUCGUUUCGCUCAGUGGAUUGGGUUGCUCGCCAAAUGUUGGACCUACCUUUGUCAGACUCGCCCCCGAUCGGACGACCCACGCGUGUUUUCUGUUACUCCAUCGUCCUAAAGGAUGCUGCCUGUCAGCGGUGGCACUAACCGGCCCGGCAGCACACGUGUGGCCUCGUCUGCCACUCGCUACCAGUUGCAUAUCUCUGGCUAUCUAACUUCUAAUAGCAGUCGGUUCAUGUUUUUUGGACUUUCAGAUCAUAUUCUCUGCUCACAACCUUGGACUGUGGCUUGCUUUUCUGCGGUCACUUUUUAAUUUAGCUUCUUUCUGUCUUUUUUUUUUUUUCUUUCAAUUCCUCAACCAUCAGUGUUAAAUUUUAGUUUAGCUGCCUGUAUUUGCAGCCACGAAAGCCAAGUUAAUUUACAUAAUUUCUCAGCUAUUUUUUUUUUUUUUUUUGUUCUGCUUAAUGGCAAAGUGUGUACACAGCUUCUCAGACGGCCCCUUUCUGACUGUGAUGCUCUCCCUCCUUUACCCUCGUCUUUUCCUGAAAGCAGCUGCUGUUUUUAUGUGGUCGUUUGAUGAUUCUGAUGAGUUGCAAUAAGUAUUUUUUGCACUUAGCUUUCACCUCUGACUCAAGCAAAUAAAUUAACUCUUCCAUAGUUUUCCACUCGUAGCCUCUCCAGCUCUAAGCCGGUCCGCUUGUGUUUAGGUGCUUGAUUUAAACAAAGAAAAACAAAAAAAACAAGUAGAGCACUUGAUUCCAGCGACUCUUCAAAGGUAUUCGACCACAUUUGAAAACGUUUUGUCUGCUAAUGUCGACUUGGUUUCCUUUUUGCUGUCAGACAUGUGAUUUAACUUAUUGGAAACUAAUUGGUGCUCUAAAAGGAAUGGGAAAUCUGGGAUGUUAUUUCAGCACAGCUGGCAGUGACGGCCACCGAACACGCUGCAGUGCACACAAGAUGCCAUUUCACUGGCUUAGAGUGUUGGACACUGCGUUAGUAUAAUCUGCUUCAUGUGAAAGGGAUGCGUGCAUUAUUAUGUGGACGAGUCUGAUUUUUCUCUGUUAAGACUAAUGCCCGUGAGGCUAGUUUCCUUAAAAUGAUAGAUAGCCUCCCUCCUACAGGAGUUUUUUGGAAGAGACACAGAUAUCGAUAUUUUGAUUUAGUUCUUUCUAUCUGUGGCACCCAUCAGAGCUGAUUUAUGCGAUUAACUUCCCUCACCGUCAUCUUUUCAGGCAAAAAAAGUGGGUUUUCUGCAGUUCUGUUACACUUUGGUCACAAUUUCAUUUGCUUUAUCAGUUGCCUUUUAUAUUUGUACACUUUUAGGCACCUCGGCGACACAAUAACCAGCUGAGAAUUGUUUAAACAAAUGAGCAGUUCUACAUCUGGAGCUUAAUGUGGCUCAAGUCAAACUUAAUGAGACAGGUGGAAAUGGGAACUUUGAUUUGGAAAAGCUUGGAUUUCAUCUGCUGGCAUAGUCUAUUUGUAAAAACGUUAGUCCCCAGAACUUAGAGAGCACUCCUAAGAUCCUGAUCGAUCACCUGCCUACGUUGUUCAGUCAGAGGAAUUCUUUUAAAAUGGUUCCUCUUUCCCAUGCUGCGCUCUCUGGUGUGUCUUACACUCCACUUUGGCAUUGGUGGCAGAUUUGAAAUUGAACUGGGUGUUUUAGCUAUUCAAAACAAAAUAAACCAUAGCUGUGACAUCUCUGUGCUCUGUUAUAACAUGACUAUUAAAGGGAUGGUAGGAAGCGUGUUCCGAUUGGAAAAACACAUUUUAAAUAGUUUUGUUUUUACGUUUUAAAGGCAAAGUUGGUAGCAGGAUGGAUUGUUCCGUUUGAAAGCUAAAUAUCGGAGGGGAGGUCGCCUCCACCAUUCACUGAGUAGCAUGGUUACAAUAGAGGAUAGAAGUGGCACUUACCGUUUUUCCUUUCUUCCCUGAGCCGGUCGCCAACAUCGUUCCUUAAGGCCGACUCGUGCCACAUGUCUCUGGAGCCAACAUUAUUAUCAGCUCUUUCUUAUUUGUUUGAAGAAAAAAAAAGGAUAAAUGGCUAAUCUAUAUACUUAACAUUUAAUUAUUGGUAUGAUAUGUGGUCCACAUUGUAAAAGAAAUAAAACAAUUGAGUUUGACUUGGACGGGUUAUGUUUCAUUAAAAAAAGAAAAGAGGAAAAUGGAAACUUCUGUUUUGGCUUUUAAUUGUUUUUUUUCCCAUCAUACCUUUAAUUUUUCA